AAAAAAGAAGAACGGAAGUUGGGGAACCAUGAAUGUCAAACUGUAGCAUGGUGUACUCAGUCUUUAGGUAACGCAGGUUAAAAAUGAUACGCUACAGUUUAUGUCGGAUAGCACCGUCAACACAAAACAUUACGAGCUACGCUGCAGCUUUUCUUAGCAGGACGAACACGUUAAACCGAACGCAGAUAUGUGGCUAUGCUAAGAAAGUUGCGGCCAAGGGAAAAGGAAAAGGCAUGUUGAAAGAGGAGCUGAAAGGCCCAGAAGUGUGCAAGGACCCAGUCAGACUCACUGGUUAUGCUGUGGGGGCCAACAUCUUUAAACAAGGGGAAGACCCCAAACUAAAGCCUCAGGAGGAAUACCCAGAGUGGUUGUUCCAGCUGGACCUGGGAGAGGCCAAAAAGCUGCACGAGCUGGAGUCCGACACCUGGGAAUACUGGAAGCGUUUAAGGAAAGAAAAUAUCUGGCGCUACAACAGACUGCACAAAGGGAAGAAGCUGUAGGUCUUCCUGGACUGUACGACGCCUUCUUCGACACUCUGGACUGAACUACCACCAGAGCGACCCGUGUCCAGAGCCAUGUCCAGAAUAAUAGGACUUUUACGUAAACUCUCCCUUAUUCGCCUGUGGGGGGAUAGUGCUCAAAAGCUGUAACUUCUCAGUUUCACAUACUUCCCCAGGAGCUGAACUUUUAACACGUGGCAGCAAAACCACUUCUAUUAAACACCAGAAGUAAAUGGAGAAGGGCAAGAUGGGUAUAAGCGCUUUGUUAUCUGUGAAUGCAGGACCUGAAAAGGAUGGAUUACUACCGAUUACACUUGUAAGGGUUUUGAAACAGACGAUGGCCCCCGGGGGUAUCAGUUUGCCCUGUUAAAAUGGAAUAUGCUGAAAGGUUUUAUUUACAUAUGUGAGGCCCAGACAGCUCAUGGAGGAGGAACUACUGUACCACCAUGGCUUUAAAAACGUGUCAAUGCGGUUGUGGUCUUCUUUCUUUUCAUAAAUCACUUGGACUGUCAUUGCUGAUGCUCAUGUUUCAAAUAAAAAAAA